AUGUUUCACCCUCUCUAUCAGAUUUAUGAACAACAUGAAAAGAGAAACCAAACAGCUUUUCCAGGAUUCUUUCUUCUGGGACUGACAGAAGACCCCAAAUUACAGCCUGUAUUGGUCAGUUUGUUCUUUUCUAUAUAUCUGGUUACCCUUCUGGGAAACUUGCUUAUAAUUGUGAUUUCUAUCUCAGACUCCCAUCUUCAUACCCCUAUGUAUAUAUUUCUUUCUAACUUGUCCUUAAAUGACAUCUGUUUAAGCACAAGCACGAUCCCCAAGAUGCUGGUGAACAUACAAGAAAAUAUUCAAAGCAUCACAUACAAAGGCUGCCUCACUCAAAUGAGCUUUGUCUUAAUUUUUAGUGGCAUGGAAAACUGUCUCCUUGCAGUAAUGGCUUAUGACCGCUAUAUGGCUAUUUGUCACCCCCUGAGGUACACAGUUAUCAUGGAACCCUGUUUCUGUGUCCUGCUGAUUCUAUUGUCCCUGCUAAUUAGUCUUGUGGAUUCUUUAAUGCACAGCCUAAUGGUGCUAAGACUGUCAUUCUGCAGACACCUGGAAAUACCAAACUUCUUCUGUGAACUUCCCAAGAUGCUCAAGUUGGCCUGUUCUGAUACCCUCAUUGAUAACAUCCUUAUUUAUAUUUCAUCCUGCAUAUUUGCUGGAAUUCCUCUCUCUGGAAUAGUUUUCUCUUAUAUUCAUAUCAUGUCCUCUAUUUUUAGAAUGCCAUCAUCAGAAGGAAAGCACAAAGCCUUUACCACUUGUGGGUCUCACCUGUCAGUUGUUUCCUUGUUCUAUGGGACAGGUUUUGGGGUAUAUAUUACAUCUAUUAUUAUGGAUUCAUCCAGGAAAACUGCAGUGGCUUCAGUGAUGUAUUCUGUGGUACCUCAGAUGCUGAAUCCCUUUAUUUAUAGUCUGAGGAACAGGGAAAUGAAGGAUGCUAUGAGAAAAUUCUUCAAGAAAAUGGCUUAUUUUCUAUGA